CCCUCCUCGUCUCAUCCUCAUCCUUCUCUGCCUUCCCUCCUGCAUCGUAUCCUACCUCACCCUGCUUGCUCCACACCAUCUGGUUUGUACAGUCGCACGACACAGGCUACCAAAGAAACCAACAAUGGAGCACCACGAUCCCAACGAGGUUGACUCACACCCCGUCGCACCCCGCAUGCACGCAAAGGGUAACCCCAAGCCGCAUGUAGGGCCGCACAGGAAGGAUUACGAGAAGGAGCACGCUAAGACCGUUGGUGUGCACAGUGAUGAGUGGUGGGCCAAGAUGGCUAGGGAGACCCUCUACUGGUUCAGGGACUUCAAGACCGUCCGCACGGGUGGUUUCGAGCACGGCGACGUCGCCUGGUUCGUUGAGGGCGGUUUGAACGCUUCCUACAACUGUGUAGAUAGGUGGGCGUUCAAACACCCGGAUAAGGUUGCUAUCAUCUACGAGGCUGAUGAGCCUGGUGAGGGGCGCUAUGUCACCUACGCUGAGCUGCUUCGCGAGGUUUGCAAGGUUGCCAACAUCCUCAAAGACUUUGGCGUCAAAAAGGGCGAUACUGUAUCCAUCUACCUGCCUAUGACCUGGCAGGCGGCUGCUGCCUUCCUCGCUUGCGCGCGUAUCGGUGCUGUCCACUCGGUGGUGUUUGCUGGCUUCUCUGCAGAAGCUCUGCGCGACCGUGUGCAAGAUUGUCAGAGCCGCGUCGUCAUCACCACUGACGAGGGCAAGCGUGGCGGUAAGACGAUUGCCACCAAGGCGAUCGUUGAUGCUGCCAUCAAGGAAUGCCCUUCGGUUGAGCACGUGCUCGUCCUUAAGAGGACUGGGAACAAGGUCCCUUGGACCGAGGGAAGGGACAAGUGGUGGGACGAGCUCGCCCUGAAGGUCCCGGCCUACUGCCCCCCUGAAAUCAUGAACUCGGAAGAUCCGCUGUUCAUUCUCUACACUUCUGGUUCCACUGGUCGCCCGAAGGGUGUCGUUCACACCACCGGUGGCUAUUCUCUCUGCGCUGCUCUGACGGUCAAGUACGUCUUCGACAUCCAUCCCGACGAUCGGUUCGCUUGUAUGGCCGACAUUGGCUGGAUCACUGGCCACUCUUACAUUAUCUACGGCCCCUUGGCUAAUGGUAUCACGACCACUAUUUUCGAAUCUACUCCUGUUUAUCCCACGCCAUCUCGCUACUGGGAGACCGUCGACAAGCACAAGAUCACCCAGUUCUACUCCGCACCUACUGCCAUCCGCCUACUCCGUCGUCUCGGUGAACACCACGUCGAGGGCUAUGAUCUAUCUUCCCUGCGUGUUCUCGGCUCUGUCGGCGAACCUAUCAACCCGGAGGCAUGGCACUGGUACAACGACUUCGUCGGCCGCAAGCAAUGUGCUAUUGUCGACACAUGGUGGCAGACGGAAACCGGCUCGAUCUGCAUCACGCCGUUCCCCGGUGCUAUCGAUACUAAGCCUGGGUCGGCGACCGUCCCGUUCUUCGGUAUCGAGGCCGUUAUCCUCGACGCCGAGUCUGGCAAGUUGCUCGAGGGCAACAACGUCGAGGGUGUCCUCGCGCUCAAGGCACCCUGGCCAUCCAUCGCUCGUACCGUCUUUGAGGACCACAAGCGCUACCUCGAGACGUACAUGAAGCCGUACAAGGGCUUCUUCUACACAGGAGACGGUGCCGCCCGUGAUAAGGACGGGUACAUCUGGAUUCGUGGUCGUGUUGAUGAUGUCAUCAACGUCUCCGGCCAUCGUCUGUCCACCGCUGAGAUCGAGUCUGCGCUUAUUCUGCACGCCGGUGUGGCGGAAACCGCGGUCAUCGGUACUCCCGAUGAGCUGACCGGCCAAUCCGUCCACUCGUUCGUCACGCUCAAACCUGAAUUUGAAUACGACCCGAAGCACGAGGAAGGCCUCGAGAAGGAGCUCACUCUCCAGGUUCGCAAGGUGAUCGGCCCGUUCGCGGCACCAAAGAAGAUCUACAUCGUCAACGAUCUGCCCAAGACGCGUUCGGGGAAGAUCAUGCGCCGUAUCAUGCGCAAGAUCGUCGCUGGCGAGGGAGACCAGCUCGGUGAUCUGUCCACGCUCGCUGACCCCAGCGUCGUGGAUAUGAUCAAGGAGAAGGUCGAGGCGAGCCAGAAGAAGACGGCGGCGAAGAAGGCGUGAACUUCGGACUGUUGUCAGGGGUGAGGGUUGUAUACAUAUCUAGCUUCCUGUUCCCUGCUGUGAUGGUUUCCUUCCUUCUUACGUGGUGGCUUUCCUUACGGUCUCUAGUGAGAGAAUAGUGCGAGGCGUGUAUUGACUCAGGACAAGAAGAAAAUAUAUUCUCA